ACAUUUCUUAUAUAAUGCAUCGGAAAGCGCAGAUUUUUUUCCGUUUGAAACCAUACCCCUUAAAGACCCAGAAGCUCUGAUCUAUUUUUUAUCAUCCAAAAUCCCAGACUAAAUUGUUUGAAAUGCAUUUGGGUGUGAGAGAUGGAUAUUUGUCCCAAUUCGUUUUGAUUAAAUUUGCGGAUUUAAAGCUUCAAGGAAUUUUUCUGUUUGGGUUCUGGGAUAGUGUAAUUCUUGAAAUUUCACUUGGGUUGGCCUUAAAUUGUUAAUUUAUUGAACUGGAGACGGGUGGAUAUUUGGCUUCCUUAAAUUGUUAACUUUUUGUUCCUUCGCUUGCUUUCCUGGCUUCCAAAGACGCCUUUUGCCGCCCUCAGAAUUUUCAAUUUGUUAUGACAAAAGAUAGAAUAUGAUAUGAUCACAGAGAUUAGAUUGGUAAAUUUUGGAGUUCAGGUAGAUUUCACCCUCCAAUCUAUAGCAAAUGAAUGUCUCCACAAAAUCUUUUGGUGUUUCAUUCUUAAUGGAUGAUCAGAUUCAGUUUUAUUUUGUGUGUUUUUACAUAGCUGAUGUUUCCUUUUUUAGUAUUGGUCAUUAAACUAAUUCUGUUUGAUUGUUUUCCUCAUAGAAUGGAAUCUCUUCCGGAUAAAAUUGUUCAGUGCAUAUUGUCGCAUGUGAAGAAUGCCAAGGAUGUGGCACUUUGUACCUGUGUAUCAAGGCGAUGGAAGGACUCAUUGCCUUAUAUCAAAAGCCUGUACUUCCCUCGCAACUCUUUUGACAACCACACUGGCAUCGAUCACCCCGAUGGCAUUGUGUUCAAGAUGAUAUCUUCCAUUUUCCAAUUAGAGGAGCUUGUUGUGUAUAGCCCUUUCUCAAGCACAGGGCUUGCCUCAUGGCUACUACUUGCAGGUUCAUCCCUCAAACAUCUUGAGCUCAGAAUGGACAAUCUUGCUGAAUACCAAACUUGCGUCGAAAGCCCCUCAAAAUUGGAUUGCAUCAGUGCUGCAAAGAAUUUGGAAUCCUUAAAGCUUUGGGGAGUCUUAAUGAUAAACUCUCCCAUGUGGGACACCUUUCCAAAACUUCAAAACCUGGAGAUUAUAGGUGCUAGAUUGGAAGAUCCUGCACUAUGUGCUGCUCUUCAGGCAUGUCCUAAUUUGAAAAACUUGCUACUACUUGGUUGUGAAGGAACAAGAUCUGUUUCAAUCGCGCUACCACAUUUGGAGAAGUGUAAGCUGGACUUUUACGGCUUGGGUGACUGCUCACUUACAGUAACUUGCCCAAAAAUUGAACUCCUGGAGACACAUGGUUGUAGUUGGAUCAGGGUUCCUGAGACUAACUUCUUGAAGAAACUUUCAAUUUCCAAUAAUGCUGGGAGAGUCUACAUGGUAGAUUUUGGAAAGCUUGCAGCUUUAGAUUUCUUGUCUAUUAGAGGAAUCCAGUGGUGUUGGGAUGCAAUAAGCAAGAUGCUUCAGUGGGCAAGUGAGGUCAAGCAUCUAUACAUGAAGGUUGAAUUUACAGGGGAUUUUGAUACCCUCCUUGAGCCCUUUCCAGAGAUAGACAUUGUUGAUUUUUUUAAUAGCCAUCCCAAGCUGCAAGAGUUUGAUAUCCAUGGAGCAAUGUUUGCUGCUUUUUGCCAUAGGAACAGCCUGAAAAAUAUGGAGUCAGGCUUUGUGAUUCCUUGUCUGGAGAAGGUAGCUGUCACAAUCAGAUCACCAUUAAAUGCUGAACAGAAAAUGAGCACCCUUCAGUCACUGUUGAAAUAUGGGAAGAGUAUAAAGUCGAUGGUACUAAGGACUGCUCUUCAUUUGAGCAACCAUAGCAAUGCAGAUGAUUUCUAUGAUGAUAUCUGCACGUUUCAACGCAUGAAUAGCGAGAUUGUCCGAAUAGAAUAAAUCUUACAUGGUAUGACCAGCAAGUCGCUCUCUUAUGUACUUUACAGUAGUUAGUGAGACAAAAUUAAGUGAGACAAUUACCACACAAAAAUGGUGACCUGCAGGCUGCAGCCAUGCUUGCCAUUCUCUAUAGGCAAGCAACCUCUUUCUCCCAUUGCAUGCUUCGUUUUGUACCUUGAAUGGUGUGGAUGAUAGUAGAAGCUGCUGCACUUCUAUUCAGCUUAAAGAAGUUUAAUUUGGCUGUUACGCGCACGCUGUGUUUCACUGUCUCUGGUACCUGGUUCAGAUAUUGAUAUAUUCCCUUUGUGUCUUUAAUGUUAUUAUUCCUGGGAUGGAAGAUAGCAUGGAUUUCUUGACCUCCACUCUGCAUUAAAAAACUAUAGGUCCCAUUAUCUUUUCUUUAUUACAAUCUUUAAUCAAAUUACCUUUUGCUUUUUGAUAUGAA